AUGGGGACAAGGGUACGACCGGCCUCCAUUCACGACGUUCCCGCGGCGGCACGCCUUAUCCUGGCCGCCCUUUCGGAAGAGUCUCCUUGGAAGGCAUUUUUCUCACCCAAGGCGCAAAGCAAUAGCGAGCUGGUCGAAAAGAGCGAAGAACUCCUGCGAAGUUGUCUCGAGCCAGGCCCGGACAAGAACUGGCUCGUGCUGGUGCUCGAGCUCGAGCGCUCGGAUAUUGACAGGAGUCGCCCCUCUGCACCUCUCAUCGUCUCGGUCGCGGUUUGGGACCUCUCGGCUGUUGGUGGGUGGUCACAUUGCCACCAGAGCCAGGCCCAGGAGGAGCUGCACGAUGACAUCCUGCAUCAAGCCUAUCUUGACGGUCGGGGGGUGCGUCUCGGCCAGCACGGCCCUUGCAUACACCUUCACGUCCUGGCAACUCGGCCAGCCUACCAGCGUCGCGGGUACGGCAAGGCACUCAUGAGCUGGGGGGUCGACUUAGCGCGAGAGAAGCAGGCGUUCAUCGGCGUCCAGUCAAGCUCGCGAGCGUACAUUCUGUUUUCGGGGCUCGGCUUUGCUGAUCUUGGGCCUGUCCUACUCCCGACGGAGACGGGUGGGGAUGAGCUUGUCAUCAAGGCCAUGAGGCUCGACAUUCCGAGACAUGCCAUGGGCGUAAUCUCGCUGUGGCGCUCGCUGAUGCGCUUUCUCUUACCCUGA